AUGGAAACAACGAAACCCGAAUCUCAGCAUGGGACACUGGCGGAUGUCGAAGCGCUUGCGGAUGCGCAUCUGUUGAACGAUACAGUCCAGACUUUGUCGUUUGAUUCCUUGACUGUUACGGUUCCUGUGAAGGGUUCUAAGGAAGAAAAGAAGAUCCUUGACAAUGUUAGCGGAAUUAUUCGCGCCGGAGAAAUGGUCGCCCUUAUGGGGCCCAGCGGAUCCGGGAAAACUACAAUGCUCAAUCUUCUCGCCGGUCGAACGCAUAAGAUAGCGACGAGUGGGAAGAUAUUCGUAAAUGGCGGUGAACUAUCAAAAACAAAAUUUCGAAAAAUCAGUAGCUAUGUCGAGCAAGAAGACCACCUCAUUGGUAGCUUGACUGCACGAGAGACUCUGGAUUUUUCUGCAAGAUUGGCGCUUUCGAAUUCGAUCACUGCUGCUGAACGAAAGCGAAGAAUUGAUGCCCUACUCGCAUCAUUUGGUCUUGUCGGAAACCAAACUACGCUUGUCGGAACCCCAAUUCGUCGAGGGUUAAGUGGAGGACAAAAGAGGCGACUUGGUGUAGCCAGUUCCUUGAUAACCUGUCCAAAAAUCCUAUUCCUUGACGAGCCGACUAGUGGAUUGGACUCAGCUGCUAGUUAUGAAGUCAUGUCCUAUCUAAAGAAUGUCUGCAAGUCAAAUAAGCUCAUCGUCAUCUGCUCGAUUCAUCAACCGUCUACAUCGACCUUCAACCUCUUCGAUUCUCUCUAUCUCUUGUCUCAAGGUAAAAUGUGCUACUCGGGCUCACUCCCAGAGACUCGCGAAUACUUCGCUUCUAUCGGGCACGAAAUCCCGCAUUUCUAUAAUCCAGCCGAAUACCUUUUGGACAUCAUCAAUGUCGAUUUUGCGCAAGAUAAGCAAGCAGCAUCGGAACAGUUGCAAGUCAUUCAAUCAAAAUGGAAUUCUUCUGAAAAACUCUCCGCGAUCAAAGACCAAAUUGUCGAGGCCCAGAAUGGCAAAACCGAUGUGGUAUUGGAAGCUCAAGGGAAGACAACUCAGAUUCUAAUACCGGUUGUCCUAUUACAUCGAAGCUUUGUUAAGAGUUAUCGCGAUGUGUUUGCGUAUGGUGUUCGUAUUGCCAUGUAUAUGGGUCUUGCGAUUAUGAUGGGAACAGUUUGGCUUCGAUUGUCAACUCAUCAGGAAUCGAUUCAACCAUUCAUCAAUGCAAUCUUCUUUGGCUCUGCUUUCAUGUCCUUCAUGGCGGUCGCAUAUAUUCCAGCAUUUCUCGAGGACCGAGCGACCUUCAUCAAAGAGCGGAAUAACGGUCUUUAUGGCCCAACCUCAUUCAUAAUCGCCAAUUUCUUCAUCGGAGUACCUUAUCUUUUCUUGAUUGCUAUACUAUUUUCCGUAGUUUCAUACUGGCUUUCAAACUUCUACCCCUCCGGAACCGCCUUCCUGUACUGGGUAAUGUGGCUAUUCCUCGACCUUCUAGCCGCCGAAUCCCUUGUAGUCUUCGUCUCCUCUCUCUUCCCAAUCUUCGUCGUCUCCCUCGCUCUCACCGCCUUUCUAAACGGCCUCUGGAUGUCCGUCGGCGGCUUCCUCGUCAGCCCUCGUAUACUCAAUGUAUUUUGGAAAUACUGGGCAAGGUAUAUCGAUUACCAAUCAUAUGUCUUCCAGGGUAUGAUGGUAAAUGAAUUUUCAAGGAGGAAUUAUGAGUGUGGGGAGGGGUGCCAUUGCAUGUAUUCUACGCCGCUUGAGGACAAAUGCAUGAUUGACGGUGAUGGCGUGUUAGCGGUUUAUGGGUAUAAAACUGGGAAGAAUGGAGAAUGGGCUGGAAUAUUGGUGGCUAUCAUUGUUGGAUAUAGACUUUUGAGUUGGCUUGUUUUGAAGAUUAAGAGGACUUAG